GCUGCAUCGCCUGCUGCCGGUGCAGCCCGAUCUCCUCCUCCUCUCUCCCUCCACCUCCUUCCCCUCUUCCUCUUAUUCCUCACCGCAUCCCCUCCACCACCUGCCACAGCAGCAACGCAGCGAUGGAGAGCUUCUGCCCGUCAUUGUGAAGCUCACAGAGGAUCCCAGCUGAGCCACAAGCAGAGAGUCAUCCAGAGAGGACAGAAAAGCCGGAGACGGAGGUGAGGAGACAGAAACGGAGAGUGGCGAGCGGAAGCGCAGAAACAUAUGGUUUGUGUGAAGAGCGGCUGUUUGCGAGGACUGCUGAAACGGACACAAACUUCUUCGAAAACCGAGAUCGGCGUGAUUUUCACAUUUGAUUCGGACGUCGCGUUUGUUUUUCGCCACUUCUUUGCCGUAUUUCGUGCGCUCUCACCUGUGCGUCCACCUCUGUUCCAUUAGUUUGUGCAGGGUGGAUUGCGGCUGUUGGACCUCCCUGAACGCGCGCACACACACACACACGCACACACACCAUCACAAGACGCAGCCUGCAAAAGCUUCUCGCUGGUAGGAAAUUGAAUUAGACAACUUCUCUCCACGGAAGAGGAGGGAAAUAUUGGUUGGCUCUCGGCUUCUCUUCGCUCACCAGGAGUCUCCCAGACCUCCUCUGUCUCUCCUCCCGGUAAUAACGCGCUAUGUCUGCUCAGACUGUGAGCAUCCCGGACGACCGGGCUUUCGCCAGCUUCAAGGCGGAGUGUCUGUGCGAAGAGGGCUGGAGUAUGACCUACACCAAGUCGGGGAUCGUGGUGUGGACCCAGUCUCUGGAAGAGGGAAAGUCCGUCCACAAGAUUAAGUGUCGGAUGAUAUGUAAGGAUGUGUCGGCUGAGACUAUGUAUGACGUUCUCCAUGACAUUGAAUACAGAAGGAAAUGGGACUCAAAUGUCAUUGAGACCUUCGACAUCGGAAAACUUACGGUCAACGCAGAUGUUGGUUACUACUCAUGGAAGUGUCCAAAACCUCUUCGGAACCGUGAUGUCAUCACGCUUCGCUCCUGGCUGCCAAUAGGGAGAGAUUACAUCAUCAUGAACUACUCUGUCAAACAUCCUAAAUACCCUCCUAAAAAGGACAUGGUGCGUGUUGUUUCCAUUCAGACGGGGUACAUGAUCCAAAGCCAGGGACCUAAUCACUGUACCCUCACUUAUAUGGCCCAGGUAGAUCCACGAGGAUCGUUACCCAAGUGGGUUGUCAACAAGUCUUCCCACUUACUUGCUCCUCGCGCAAUGAAGAAAAUCCACAAAGCCUGUUUGAAGUAUCAAGAGUGGAAGCAGAGACAUAACCCUGGCUUCAAGCCCUGGCUCUACCCUGAACAGACUACAUUACCCAGCAUCCCACUCUCUGAGCUCAGCAUCCAGCGUGCAGAGAGCCUGGAGAAUAUUGAUGAGAGCUCACUGGCUGAGACCCAAGAGAGAGAGGACAGCGACUAACACACACACACACGCACACACACACGCACAUUCACACAGUCAUAUGUCCAUACAAACAGUAAUGCAGGGAUACAUGAAUACCUGAUACACAACCAUAAUUAAAUAUAUGCAUUUGUGACUUUUUGUAAGUAUGUGUGUAUAUAUUUUACAUGCACACACAUACUUGCAUCCAUAUUGUCCAUACAUAUGCAGGCAAACCAAAAGGCACACGUGUGUAAGAAUUCAUGCACAAACUCAUACUUCACUGACUCGAUCACAUACUUAGAUGCUUACUUACGACGUAAAUAAUGUAUGAAGACAUGCAUAUAUAAACAUGCAGCAUACAUGCACUCAGUUACACAGCCACCCAUUGACAGGGGGCUCCAAGAAUACUUACUUUUACAAUUCUAGAAAAUGGAAUUUACUGUAAUUAGAAAAAUGGCUGUAAAUUUUGUUUUUUCGUGUUUGUUCAAGGGAUUCAAUGUUUUCUGAUUGGGACCAAUGCAGGUUAUCAUAGCAAACUAUAUUUUUAGUCAGAUUUAAAGCUAAAAUGUUUACAGACUAACCUGACAGUGCAUUUUUUGCUGUCAUUCAAAACACGACAAUUUUAAAAUAAUACUAUCCUCUUUUAGCAACUCAUCUAACAUUACAUUGCAACCCACAAUGGGACACAUGUCAACAUACACUAUGAAUUUACACUACACUAAUAGACUCAGACAUGUUUACACACCCAGUGUGUAUUUCUGUGCCCAAAGUGUCUUUCUGUCCUGCAUUAUGUGUCUCCAUCACUUUUUGCAAGCACAUAAACAUAUGCAGGUGUGCAGAAGGCAGCUAACCCAACCUGCAUCCCUCUCUCUCUCUCUCACUCUAACACACACAAAUACACAAACACAUUCAGAUUUGCUCUCACAUGUACUGUCUGCUCCUCUAUAUUUGAGAGAUGUAUGAAUGUAUGUAGAGUUUAAAAAUUAAACAGAUUCCUACAAAGGUUUUCAAAUUUCA